AAGUCAACCAAGCUGAGAGCAGUACCCAUAACAGGAAAAAAGAUGACAAGCCGGCCGCGCCUCAGAUGAGUUCAGAGCUGUCAGAAUUGGUCGUGUACACCCGCAGUGUGCACUUUAAAAGCUUUCAACACGCUGCCAAAUCCCCGCCAAGUGACAUGUCCUCAUUUUCUGAAAGUGAAGCCCUCAGACAUGUCAAAGACUCAGGGAUGUAUUUUGUGCGCCACAACAGCCACCAUCUUAGCAGGGUCUACCCCUCAGGACAGCGACUACAGUCGUCCAACUAUAACCCUCAGGAAAUGUGGAAUGGAGGCUGCCAACUUGUGGCUCUGAAUUUCCAAACUCCUGGUGAACAGAUGGAUCUAAAUCGAGGCAAAUUCAUGCAGAAUGGUCAAUGUGGCUACAUUCUGAAGCCCCCUUUCAUGUGCCAGCCGUACACCACCUUUAAUCCAGAGAAUGUUGGUGGCGGUCCUGGCCAUGCGCCUGUUCUUUUCACUGUUAAGGUUAUUUCCGCACAGCAGUUACCUAAGCAAGAGAAGAAGAAGCCGACAGCCAUUGUGGAUCCCCAUGUUUGGGUUGAGAUACAUGGUGUUACGAUUGAUAACAACAAGAAGAAAACCCAUCACAUCCAAAAUAAUGGUUUUAAUCCACAAUGGGACUGCACCUUUAAUUUUACCAUUCAUGCUCCUGGCCUGGCUCUUGUUCGCUUUUUGGUUGAAGAUCACGACUAUACUUCAAGCAACGACUUUCUCGGACAAUACACACUGCCUUUUACAAGUCUCCGCACAGGUUAUCGCCAUGUCCGACUGCUCAAGCAGGAUGGCUCCAGCCUUUCACCCUCCUCACUCUUCAUCCACGUCGAGAUCAUCGACUGUCAGGAUAGCCAUUCCAAGUCAUCUAAAUCACAGGGCUAAGGCAUCUCAAGCAAACAAGAUAUAAUUCCAUUUGUACCUCUUGGAAGCAUCAAAACAAUCGUUGCGUUGCUUUUGAAGCAGCACAGUAAGCAGUU